GGAUGGGAGGAGGGGAUGGCAGUGAAGCUGGGCCCCACGCCUCGGCAAGCUUCUUCCCACUCUUCUCUCCUCUUGCGGCGUCCCAGCGCCCGCUGGGAGGUGCAGGUCCGAGGGCUACAAGAUAGCUCACAAGGCUUAACUGAGACGGAAGGGUUCCGGAGCCCCACCCCCGGGGUGGGACCGCCCUAAAGGUUUCCCUAAUCCUCCGAGGUCCCCAGUUCUAUGCUAGAGAUACGAUUUAGCUACCAGAAGGACACGGUGGACACAGCAUCAGUAGGCUGAGACUAAAGACAGGGCCCCCACCCCUGUCUCCAUGAACUUGUUAACCGCUGGCGCCAUCCUCGCCCCUUGCCCUGCUGCUCCUUGGUUCUUCUGCCAGCAAAAUGCUGGAUGGAAGCGUGAAGCCCGAGGCCAGAGUCUCAGAACCUAGACCCGCUUGUCAGGACCCGGAGACCAAAGCCCCCCACCAGGACCUGCCGAGGCCCAGCCAGCCCGCUGCAUCUGGAAGCGUGCCCUCCCGGCCCCGUCGGCGACCCCCUCCCCAGCGCCCGCACCGCUGCCCAGACUGCCCCAAGGCCUUCUCAUACCCAUCCAAGCUGGCCACGCACCGGCUAGCGCACGGCGGCACCCGCCCGCACCCAUGUCCCGACUGUCCCAAGGCUUUCUCCUACCCGUCCAAGCUGGCUGCGCACCGCCUCACGCACAGCGGAGCUCGCCCGCACUCCUGCCCGCACUGUCCCAAGGCCUUCGGCCACCGCUCCAAGCUGGCGGCGCAUCUCUGGACCCACGCGCCCGCCCGUCCCUACCCGUGCCCCGAUUGCCCCAAGUCCUUCUGCUACCCGUCCAAGUUGGCGGCCCACCGCCACACGCACCACGCCACCGACGCCCGCCCCUACCCUUGCCCACACUGCCCCAAAGCGUUCUCGUUUCCCUCCAAACUGGCGGCCCAUCGUCUGUGCCACGAUCCCCCUACCGCGCCCAGCAGCCAGGCCACUGGCCACCGAUGCUCCAGCUGCAACCAGGCCUUUGGCCAAAGACGCCUCCUGCUGGUUCACCAACGCAGCCACCACCAGUCGGAGGGCCAAGGAGAGAGGGAGUGAGCGCGCCUGCACACUCUGCCUCCAUCACCUGUCAAUAAAGACCUGGAAUUUCUAAGUCCU